GAAGUAUCAUUUUGAAAUCGUUCUUUCCGAUGCUCGUUGACUUAGUAUCCUCAUGCAUUGUCUCGUGUCUAAUUGUGUCAAAUUGCGAAAAAAACUCACCUAUAAUUACCAGAAACCAUUCAAAAUUCUUUCAUGACAGAAAGUUGGUCAAUCGAGUCUACAGUUCAUUUUGGUUCACAUUCGCUGCUUCCCGUCACCGAUCUUCAAAUAUUGUGGGACCUACUUCAGUGUAGGUACUGCUGGUUCAGACGCAUUUAUCACCAACUUGCAGCCGAGGAACUUAGGUCAAAUUCAGCUGUAGCGUCAAACUCUCGAAGAAGUUCUAUCUCGUCUGUUCCUUUCCAUAGUCUUACGAGAGCGAUCCAAGCAGUCUUACGUGGUUUUAAUCUUAAUCGUAUAUGCCCAUCAAAACUACACUCAAAAGCGGCUAACUUAGCAUCUCUUCUGCAUUUACAUAUAAAAACAAAUUAUCAUCAUAUAACUCUAGUUAGCACUAAAUUCUGCAUCAAAAGACAGUAUUGGGUCUGUCCUUCCCAUGGACGCCGUCUGUUCGAUUUGCUAUACUGUAGUGGUAACUUCAGUAUUCCGGAGCAGGGCGAUGAGUUGGAUUUCAAUCUAACUAUUCGUUCCAUAAUUCCCCAGGGUCACUCUGAUUUCUUUCGAUCUGUUCAGCUUUCAAGCUCUUCAGAUGAGAGUGAUGAACCAGAACAGACAUUUUCUGUUCAAAUUCACACUCCAGAGCUGUAUAUAGUAAAAUCAAAGCCAACGGGUUCCCAAAAUCAUAUAUCCACAAAGGGAUGUUCCUCAGAAUCCAAACAAUUCAUAAGCAAACAACUUUAUGAAGUUAACAGAAAAUGGUCUUUCAUGUACAGUGCAAAUGAAUUAAAUUCUAAAUACCUUCACGAUAAAAACGAGACUCGACGUUUCUGUGAUCCCAACUACAAUGAAAAGAAACUAAAUAAUUCAAAACAUGUGCAUUUUCCCAGGGGAAACCCUAUUUCUGCUGUCUACAACCUUUAUACCUAUGCCAUAGCAAGCAGGCUAGAACGGUCAAAUCGUAUUUGGGAAUUAGAAGCAAGGUCUCGCUACUUUGAUCGUUUGAGAUAUUUAUUAUCAAGUGGUUUCGAGGCAGAUCUAGCAUCCCAGUUGGCAGAAGGCGACGAUGAAUCUAUAGAACCUCACUCAAGUGUUAAUGCAGUUCCUGAAAAUAAUUCAUCCAAACUAGACAAUCUCAAACCUACGAAUGCAACAUCUAAACGUUCAAAAUCUCGACGUCGCAAACGUAAUCGAAAACAUGUAUCUGAUACAGUAUCCUUGCUAUCUUCACAUUCACAUAACGCAACUGACUCUAAUAUUUCACAGAAUAAAAUUGAUGAUAAUUAUCAAACAUAUGUAUCGCUUGCAUAAUAACUAUCAGAUUAAGCGAAUUUCCUGUGAGCCUUUGUCUCAGUUUAUUGUACAGUUUAUAUUAGUAUCUGUGAUAUUUGUCGAUAAUUUGAUUGCACAUUAUUUUUUAUACAGAAUCUCACUAACUAAUUACUGUUCUCAAAUGCCAUUAUUUAUGGAUUUUUGUCUGGUGUUGAAUAUUGGGUAGUAG